AUGGGGGUGAUUCGCAACGUUGCCAUUGCUGGGGCCUCCGGAGACCUGGGCUCCCAUGUUUUCCAUGCUCUUAUGCAGAGCGAACUUUUCAAUGUGACUGUUCUGACGCGCCAGUCAUCUCAAGCACAAUUCCCGGCUUCCAUAAAUGUUAUCCGCGUGGACUAUACCUCGGUCCCGGACCUGACUACGGCUCUGACUGGCCAGGAUGCCGUGGUCUCAGUCCUAACAACCAGUGCCACGGAGACACAGCUCCCGCUGAUUGAGGCCGCAGUGGCAGCCGGAGUAAGGAGAUUCCUUCCCUCCGAGUUCUGUGCGAAUAUUAGUAAUCUCAAGGUGGCCGGCUUGCCCGUCUACCACUCCAAGCUCGCGAUACAUGACGUUAUCAAACAACAGGCUCGGGGCAAUUCGCAUUUCACAUACACCUUGAUUCGCAAUGGGCCCUUUCUUGACUGGAGCCUGGCCUAUGGCUUCUUUUUCAAUCUUAACGGAGGAUCGACCCCCUUAUACGACGGCGGGGACCAUCCGUUCAGUACAACUACCUUGGCCACGAUCGGCCGGGCCGUAGUGGAGGUCCUGCGUCACUUGGAGGAGACACGAAAUCGGGCGGUGUUUGUUCAAGACCUCAUGACCACCCAGCGGAAGAUGCUGGCUAUUGCCCAGAAGGUUGCACCGGAUCGUAAAUGGACCCCGACAGAUGUGAGCACCGCUGACAUGGAGACCAUGGCGUGGGAUAAAUAUGCCAACGGGAUGGUCGAUCUGGAGGCCUCGAUGGGAUUUUUUUGCCGCUCGGUCUUUGGGGAGGGGUACGGGGGAGAGUUCCAGGAGUUGGACAAUAAUUUGCUCGGCAUUCCGUUGAAGACGGACGCUGAUCUGGAGGAGUUAAUACGGGGAGUGCUGUCCAAUGGUAUCUAG